CGGGACAAAGGACGCGUUCGUACGGAUCGUACGAGGGACGCCAUGUUCAUUUGUCUUGUAUCGAGGACCUUCGCCGGUCUCAAAGUGGAGGAUUCCUCAUCUCAUCUCGUCUGAUCCGGCCGGUCGUCUUGCCUCGUCAUGGAGAGCGACGCCGCUUCCGAGUCACGGAAGCGGAAACGCGAGGAGUACGAGAUGCAGCUGUUCUCCUUCCAUUCUCGUAACGUUUACGCGACUAUUGAGAAUAUUGUGAUGGAAAGGAUACAGUCUAGAAGCAGAAAGUUGUGUGAAACAUUGGAAAAAAGAUACAACUCAGAUUCUGAUAAUUCGGCCAUACUAAAAGCAAAUGAGGAGAAACUUGUAAAAGCGUACCGUACAGCUUCUGUACCUCAUUUGCAAAAUAUAGAGAAUAUCGUGAGAAAAUUGGUUAGUGUACCCGACAAUGUUCUGGCGAAUGAAGAUCAACUUCAAGAAACACAAUACACAGAAGCGGAGUUUGAGAGUAUACGUGGAAAAUUGGAAGAAUUCCAGCAGAGAGCGAGACGAGCGACUGUGUUGAACGCGUCAUUGAAGGAGGAAUUACAGCUCAUAGAACAAUUUUUGAUUUGCGCGGAUGAUAUCGAUAGGCUGAGUCAUGUAAUUGAAAGCGACAUUCCGUGCCCGGACCUCAGUGACAAAAUUCAUGAAUUAGUCGAUUAUUAUAAACAAUUCAGCACGUCUCUCAGUAACGGGACACAUAUAUCGCAAAAGUCGCUCUACAAUAUGGACGAAGAUAUCAAAUAUACAGACGAUAUGGAUAAAGAUAUGGAUACUGUAUAAUUUUAUAGUAAAGAAGAAAUUCUUUCUAUAU